UCUUGCCAAAAUGGAAUUGUGGGAAGGACACUUGUUUUCAAAAUGGCAGACUGAGAUUUGACGAUGGACCACAUACAACGACAGAUUAUCUUGAAAGUGUACCUGGACAGCAAUCACCAGAGAACAGCAGAAGUCCCCAUUACACCUGAGACGACAUGUAAAGAUGUGAUAGAGUGCUGCAAAGAACCUGGAGAGGAGAUCUGCCAUCUUGCAGAAUUAUGGAGGGGAAUUGAGCGCCCUGUGGCAGACCAUGAGAAGCCCUUUGAGAUACUGCAGCAGUGGGGUAUCCACAGGGACGAGGUUCAUUUCUAUCUCCGCCAUGAGCCAGCUGUGCCUCCACACCUACAGGCCAGGUUAGAAAACCUAGGCCGCAGAAAUCGCAGACGGAAUGGGGUGAGGGACGUUACAGCUGAUAAUGGACAUUUCUGA